GGACCCCCACGGAGUCAGCGGCGGAGGAAUGGCUGGAGAUGACCACCGAGGAAGCUGCUCUCAAGCAGCUCAGGUUCCUGCGGGCCAUCUACCCCGCGUGUCUUGCUGCACAGGACAGAGGGCAGGACACGCUGGAGCCGUGCUGCUGCAAGGCGGCUGUGGUGGAGAGGAUUGUGGAGCUCAUUGAGGAGCUUCCUAAAGACUCUCCACCCAGCGAGAUCCUCGCCAGCUGCCUGGCUGCUGUGGGCAACCUCAGCACCAUGAAACCAGCCCUUGAGCCUGAGCUAGAGUCCCGCCUCUUGCAAGCUGCCCUUGGCUCGGUCUUCACCCUGGGCACGGAGACGGACGCCACCGACAUCCAGGCUCUACACAAAGUCAUGCCAGAGCUCCUGGAUGCUGUGCUGGGGAACCUGCUGGCAGAGUCCCCAGACGCAGGCAGGCUCCACUUCAUCUUGGAGCAUGUCAACCGCUGGAUCGUGUCCAGGGUGCCCCAGGAGAGAGCCAGGGCCAUUAAGAGCAGCACGGCCCUGCUGAGAUUUGCAGUCACCCUCCCCGAGUUUGACAUCUCAGCAGAGUUCCCUAGGCUGGGUCAGCACGUGGCCCAGCUGGCUCUCUUUGUGAGUUACCCAGACCAGGACAUCAGCCGGCAGGUCUUUGGAAAAUUCUUCUCUGCGGGGCAGAGGAAAUGCUUCCUCAAGACAGCCGUGCCAGCGAUCUACAACCCCCUGCUGUGCAUUAGCCAGGCUGGGCUUCUCCUCACGUACGCCAUCCUGGGGGAAGCCGAGCAACUGCUGGGGUACACGCUGGAGGACACCACCGCCAAGGUGAUGGGUCAGCUCCGCAGCAUCCGGCAGCUGCACCAGAUCUUCGCACGGGUCGGCUUGCUGCAGGAGACACUGACGGACAUCAUCAUCUACAGUGCCAACUGGAAGGAACAGCUCCAGCUGCGGGCGCUGGGCAGAGCAGGACUCACCGCAAACCGAACCAAAUGUCACCUGGGCCAGAAAGAACUGAUCUACCCGGGCUAUACGGCGGAUCCCCGCUGA